GCUGAACAAGUGUUAUGUCUAAGAAAACAUUUAAGGAAGCUGACGUGAGACUGCUGUGCUCCGAUGUGAGACGAGCGCAGUAAAUCAUUACUGCCAUCCUGAUGAGUCUCAUACACACCAGAACAAAAGGAUGACUUUUACAAAAGCAGCCUGCUUGGCUGUGGUUUUUCUGCUUGUAUGCUACCGUCUACAGAAUCAGGAAUACCGUCAGUCUUUAACGUCACUUGUUAAGGACCAGUGGAAUUCAAACACACGGCAUCAAAAUGAAAGAGCAAGAAGAGAAGCCCCUAACAAAGAGCUUACAUUUGAAGUGACUGUAGGCUUCUCUGACAUCAACACACUCCAAGAGUUCCUAAAAAGUCUCAAUUUGAGUUUAAUUAAUAGCUCAAGUGAAAUAAUCAGCAGUGAAACAACAACAGAGUGUACAUCUAACCAGACAGAGUACCAGUGUACGUGUCAGGAAAACUAUGCCUGGUCUUAUAACACGUGUGUGAGUUAUGGAGCCUGUGAUGGACCCAUCACAGGAAACACGUGUGGAUGCAUUAAAGGUCGCCCCAAAAAUGAUGAAUACUGCCAGCUUUACAUGACUUCAACAGCAAUUUCAACACCAACAACAGCACCAACAGCAGCACCAACAGCAGCACCAACAACAGCACCAACAGCAGCACCAACAGCAGCACCAACAGCAGCACCAACAACAUCUUGA